AUGGAUCCAAUUGGUUUCUUCCUUCUUUUGACAUCUCUGUUGUUCACUUACCCCUUUGUGCUCAUUGCUCAAAAUCAGUCAACCACAACAACUAUCAGUGUUGUAGGAAUUGUUUAUUGUGAUACAUGCUCAACUGGAACUUUCUCUAAACACAGUUACUUCUUGUCAGGUGUUGAGGUUCAUAUAGAGUGCAGAUUUAGAGCGAGCUCGCCAAGAAGCAACGAGCAGAUAAAUUUUUCGGUGAACAGAACAACGGGUAGAAAUGGAGAAUACAAGUUAGAUAUACCAUCAGUUGAUGGAGAGAACUGUGAAAGUUCUACGGAUGGUGGUAAUUCAGAGAUUGUAACUCUAUGUGAAGCAAGUUUGAUAGGAACCUCAUCAUCUUCUUAUUCUUGCAAUGUUCCUUUCUUAAAGAGCACAAGAAGUAGUGAGAUAUCAAAACAAGAUAAUAACCUAUGUGUAUACAGCCUAGGAAGCCUAAGUUACAAGCCACCUAUAAUCAAUACUCCCUUAUGCUCAAAUUAG